AUGAAAUUGCAAGCAAUCUGUUUAGUGAUGCUCUGCUGUUUCAUCCAUGCCUGUGCUCUUUCUCCACCCCUCCAUCCCAGUAAUGGACUCAGUGAGUGUCGCAAAAACAUUUCUUUAACUGCACUGGAGGUUCUACCAGGUGGCGGUUGGGAUAACCUGCGUAACAUAGACAUGGGACGAGUGAUGAACUUGAGCUACUUCCAGUGCCAGACCACUGAAGAUGGUGUUUAUUUCAUUCCUGAUGAAGUCUUCGUCAUUCCAGAAAAAGAGAGCGGAGUGGAAACAAACUCUGAGAUCAUCACGUCAUGGCUGGACCAGAAAAGCUCAACUUCACGCUCCAUCAAUGCAGAUGCAUCUUUUCGUUUUCAGUCUAAGAUCAAUGGAAAAUUCUCAGAAGAAAACCAACGUAUGAAAACCCACCAAGUGAAAGAGAAUUCGGUAACAGCUCAGGUUCAAGUACGUAAUCAUCUGUACACAGUGAAGGCAUAUCCUGAUUUUGCCCUGGAUUCUCGUUUUGCUCAUCAAGUAGAUGAAAUCGGAGAAGCUAUUUUGAACAAUCAAACACGUCAAGCAACUUACCUGUCAGAGAAACUUAUUCUUGACUAUGGUACUCAUGUUAUCACAAGUGUUGAUGCCGGUGCCACUUUAGUGCAGGAGGACUAUCUGAAAAAGUCUUUUGUCUCUGGCAGUCAGUCACAGAUGUCUUCUAUCUCUGCAUCAGCAGGCUUGAACUUUUUUGGCAAAUUAAAAUUUGAAUCUGUUGGCAACAAUAUUCAAGCCAAUAGUUAUCAGGGUAACAUCACUUAUUCUUUAAUUCAGAGUCAUGGAGGGGCUUUAUUUUACCCAGGCAUCACCCUACAGAAGUGGCAGGAGAGUACGCUCAAUAAUCUGGUGGCUAUUGAUCGCUCUGGACUGCCACUGCACUAUUUUCUCAAUACAUUAACAUUGCCAGAUAUUAAAAAAGAAAUAAUUCCUAAACUAGUUUUGUUAGUCGAAGAGGCUGCAGAGCGUUACUACAAAGUAAACACAAUUCCAGGGUGUUUGGAUCCAGAUUCCAAAAAUUUUGACUUCCAGGCAAAUGUGGAUGAUGCUUCUUGUGAGGGUCCGGUCACUAAUCAUAGUUUUGGUGGUGUUUACCAAGCUUGCACUCCAUUGACGGUAGAUGGAAAUAUCAUCUGUAACGAAAAGACUCAAAACAAUCGAGCCACUGGUAAUUUUUCAUGUCCUCAGCUGUAUACUGCCACCCUAUUACGCUCUGAGACAAUAGAAGAUGGGUAUUAUCGUUCUGAGUGCAGCAAGAAAUAUUAUUCAUGUGGAUUUUUAUGGCUGUUUUCCUGUUAUGACGAAAAAUGUGGUGAUGCUUAUUUUGUUCGUCGUGCAAAAAUUGACACGUACUGGUGUUCCACAAAUCAGAAAACGAAUAACUCUGGGUAUCUUUUCGGAGGUCUUUAUGGACCUACUAUGCAAAACCCGCUUACCAAAUCCAGUAGCUGUCCAACAAAUUUCUUUGCUCAAAAACUAUUGCCUAAUGGCAUGAUGGUUUGUUUGAGCAAUGAUUAUACUGCAGGAACCAAAUUCUCAGUUCCUUUCGGUGGUUUCUUUAGCUGUCAGUCUGGCAAUCCUCUUGCACAAAAUCAGUCUCUCUGUCCACCUCAGUUCAGUCAAAAUUUAGCUGAUAUUAGUGAUGGUUGUGAGAUAUUGUUCUGCGUCCAGUCAGCUGUGUUCACUGAGUUAAAACCUGCUCGCCUUCCACCUUUUACAAAGCCACCACUGAUCAGCACGAUUGCAGAUAACACUGUGACUGUAAUGACUGAAGGCGAUCGUUCCUGGGUGAGAGUUGGAGGAACUAAGACAUGGCGACUGGCAAAACUGGGUGAAGUUAAUGAAAUGGCAUUAAUGCUCGACAGAUCUUCUGAGACAUCUGGAGGAGAAGGGGCCGGUCUAGCUGGUGGUGUAAUUGCUUUAAUUGCUUUUGUAGUGGCAGAAACUGUUUUUAAGUGA